CUUCACAACCUUCAAACCGCCAUGCAGCAGCCGGACGGAUUCAGCCAUGGAAAAUAUUCCACCAAGGACCUCGAUGCCGUGCCCUUUAUUAAAGGGAAACAUGAUUUCUGAUCUCGAGAAAAAGACAUUUGUUCAUCUGUCUCUGGGUUGCUGAAAGUAGCUCUGGAUAUCUGUCUCACAAGGAAAACUAUCUUUUGGACGUUCAGCUGGACUGAGAAGGAUAGCAGAACUAUGUCGUGACUCCCUUGACUAUGGACCUCAUGACCUUCAGAGUUCAGUGAUGUUAGCUUUGAGCCACUACAACUCCUCAGCCUCCCCGCUCCUCCCUCGUUUCUCUAAUGACAGUGGAGGGAAGGUGGAGGCCAUGGUGGCUGUUGAAGGGCUGUCGCCACAGAGGAACUCCACCUUGGAGCAUCCCACCAGCAGCGGCAUCAUUGUCAUAUUGUCCAUGACGCUGGGCAUCAUCUCCAACAUUGUGGCCCUCGUCAUUCUGGCGAAUGCCUACUCCCUACAGCGCCGGCGCUCCAAAGCCACAUUCCUUCUGUUUGCAACUUCACUUGUGGUCACAGAUUUCGUUGGCCAUGUGAUCCCUGGUGCCCUGGUUCUCCGACUCCUCCACGGAGGUGUGCGCCCAGAGCACUUCAACUCUUCUGAUGGCAUGUGCCAGUUCCUGGGUGGCAGCAUGGUGUUUUUUGGCCUGUGCCCACUCUUCAUGGGCUGCGCCAUGGCUGCUGAGCGCUGCCUGGGCGUCACUAAGCCUCUGCUGCACUCAUCCCUGGUCACCAAAACCCGCACGAAGAUCUGCCUGUCUGUCAUCUGGCUGGCAGCUCUGUGUGUGGCCAUGCUGCCCUGCUUUCAGCUGGGCUCUUACACCUACCAGGACCCAGGGACCUGGUGUUUCAUUAAAGUGCUCAGCGACACUGAGGAGGUGGAUGUGGCAUUUGUGGUGCUGUUCUCUGGACUUGGUCUGACCUCGCUGGCUGUGGCGCUGGUGUGUAACACCAUCAGUGGACUGACGCUGGUGCUCGCUCGGCUCAGGAGGCAGCCCGGCUCCCAUCACUCCACCAAAUCCCAUGACAUAGAGAUGGUGGUGCAGCUGGUCGGCAUCAUGGUAACCUCAUGUAUCUGUUGGAGCCCUCUGCUGAUCUUUGGCCUGAUCUCCGUGAUCCACUCCUACACAGGAUCCAUCGGGGACGACCUGGCCAAAUAUAAAACCCUGAUGGUGAUGGGCGUGAGGCUGGCCACGUGGAACCAGAUCCUCGACCCCUGGGUCUACAUACUGCUGCGCCGCACCGUCCUCCGCAAAAUCUACCUCAUCGCUAAGUGUCAGGUGGGGCUGAGGGGAAAUGUAUUAGGCCGCUGGGAGCCCACCUCUUUUCCAAGCUCAGAGAAGAAGGAAGUCAACCAAGUGUGAGCUGAGAGAAGGACUGAUAUUAAUACUUUGUGGAUGCACUCUGCCACCAGGUUAUUGAACAUUUGAAGAACUGGGCCAGCAGAGAAAUUUAGCUGGAGAAACCCACAUUACAGCAGGUGGAAAGAGUAGAGAUCAGUGGAGCAGACUAGUCUGACUUUUCUUGGCUGGUCCUCUUAAGAAAUGUUUAACGGAUUCAAUCUAAAUUUCUCUGUUAUACUCCAUCAAACUUUACCAGUGAGUUCAUUGUUUGACCUUAUAAAUGGAAGCUAGCUAAUGUUGUGAUUUUGCACAAAAUAUCAUAAACUUUGUAUUGUUUACUUAUAAUAAGUGAACAUUCCAUAUUAUUAUAAUUGUAUCCUCAUUUUGGAAACUCAUAAAAAGUAAGGGCAAAGAUGUAAGCUGCAGGAUAUGAAUGUAGUAUUAACCAAACUGCAGAGGGUUGUAGGAGCGAUAUUUACAGAGGGACUGAGUCUUAUUGGAUUUUAACUCUCAACCUCAUUUUCACCAGCUUUGAAAGUAAAAAACAUUAAUUGCACAGUGACUCGUAAAUUAGACAAAUGUGGAAGGAAAAAUGUAGCAGUGCAAUCAUCAGAGGGAGCUUCAGAGUAAAUCCAGAAGUAUUUAGAGUGUAUCUGGAAUUUUAUGUAUUUUGCUGAAUGUAUUUCAUAAAGGAAUGUUAAUAUUCAAAUACUGUCGAGUUUAUGAAUGUUUAAGUUUAAAUAUGCUUUCAUGAGUUUAUACAGUGCUUUAUGUGAAAUAAUGUAAGAUUUUAUAAGUUAAUACUUGAACUGUAUCCUCGAUUUACUGAGGAAAUGUAAAGAGCUUUGAAUGUAAAUAAAACGAUGCAAUGUGAC